UAGAAAUGGGGGAUCUCUGAUUUUUUAGGCCAAAAAGAAAAAAAAAAACAAAGAAAAAAGGAAAAAACAAUGGUUGACGUUGACCUAGUAGUCCCCGCCGAUCUAGUGGAAGAGAUCCUCGUUCGUCUUCCGGUAAAAUCGAUCCUCAAAUUCAAAUCCGUCUCAAGACAAUGGAGAUCAAUAGUGGAGUCGACGAGCUUCGCGCGGAGGAGGCGGCGAAUCAUUAUGAAUACUACGAAGCCGCAAAUCCUGGCGGCGGCGACGGCCGGAAACCACGCGACCUUACGGCGGAGAUUCAAAGAGGAAGAAGAAGAAGAAGAAGAAGAGGUGGACAUGUUCUACUUACACUGCGACGCAGCCGCUACACUACCCUCGCUGACUUGUGACGGUCUUGUUUGCAUCCCCGUACCUGGUUCUAUCAACGUCUUGAAUCCUUCCACCGGAGAAUUACUCAGUUUCCCUUCCGGUCCAGAUCCAGUCAAAACCGACCGAUAUGAUCGCACCAUCUUCGACGAUUCAUGGUGGGACAUUUUUCCUGGAUAUUGGGCUAUGGGAUUUGGUAGGGACGAAGUUAAUGGGAGCUAUAAAGUAGUGAGGAUGUUCUUUGAUACUAAACAAUCUGAGAUUCUUGAUAUCAACAUUGGGGAAUGGCGGAAACUGCCGAGUCCUCCUCCUUACUAUGUGGAAGCUAGAAGGAAGUCUGCAUCUGUCAACGGUUCCAUCUAUUGGUUACACUACGAUCUUGGUUGUACCUAUUGGAUACGAAACAAUCCUGAUUACAAGAUACUAGCUUUGGAUCUUCACACGGAAGAGUUUCGUGAUGUUCCACCACCACCUACACUUGCGGAGCCAGGCCAGCUAGUGAACCUUCAAGAUCGUCUAGCUAUAGCCAUAGCAAAUGCUCCACCUUAUUAUUGGGAGCUAACGAUAUAGAGCAUGGAUGCAGAAGAAGAAACAUGGAGCAAGACGUACUGUAUUCGUUUGUUCUCUAGGGAUCUUUCCCCUAGACUGUGGAGGAUGUGGUGCAGGCCUCUGGCGGUUUCCAAGAGAGGUACUCUUUACUUCCAUGACAACUUGAACCGCUUGUUCAAGUACUGCCCUCAUACAGAGUUGGUCUGUUGCAUCUCUUUCGGUGUUCGAGUCAUCUCUCCCUUCACUGAGAACUUUUUCCCGCUUCGUCAUGUGGAUUCUGCCCCGGGGAUGAGGACAUUUGGAUUUCAGCACAUAAUUCCGGAGUCUUGGAUUUCCAAAACGUUGAGACGUAUUGAUUUGCAGAUUCCAAACAUCUUGUUUACCUCAACUGUUGCAGCUUUUGUAGUUUUGUUAGCUACUAGGUCUUGAUUAUUGAAUGUCGAUAGAGUAUUGUCUGGCAUGUUGAAACAGAGAUUUGCUUCUCUUUGGAUUGUGGUAUGAUAAUAGUAAAAAUAUGACUUUUAUUGCUUAU